CGGGGGGGCGCGGGCUCCGAGCUCCAGGGACCCAGGAAUGCCCCCCUCCCGCCCCCUCGGCGGGCUGGGGGAGGGCUCAGCCUCGAGUUUAGCAAACUCCUCCCCGCGUUGAGUCAUUCGCCUCUGGGAGGUUUAGGAAGCGGCUCCGGGUCGGUGGCCCCAGGACAGGGAAGAGCGGGCGCUAUGGGGAGCUGGACGCCGGGGUCCCCUCUGCCCGCCGCGCCGCGCCGCCGCCCCCCGCGCCCACCCCCGCUGCUGUCGCUGCUGCUGCUGCUGCUGCCGCCGGGGGCCGGGGGCUUCAACCUGGACGCGGAGGCCCCGGCCGUGUUCUCCGGGCCCCCCGGCUCCUUCUUCGGCUUCUCGGUGGAGUUUUACCGGCCGGGGACGGACGGGGUCAGCGUGCUGGUGGGAGCGCCCAAGGCUAACACCAGUCAGCCCGGAGUGCUGCAGGGCGGCGCUGUCUACCUCUGCCCAGGGGGCACCGGAACGGCCCCCUGCACCCAGCUCGAGUUUGACCGCAAAGGCCCCCGGUACCUGGAUGUCUCAUUGUCCAGCCAGGAGGAAGAGGAGCCUCUGGAGUACAAGUCCUUGCAAUGGUUUGGGGCAACAGUUCGAGCCCAUGGCUCCUCCGUCUUGGCCUGUGCCCCACUGUACAGUUGGCGCACGGAGAAAGAUCCCCAGAGCGACCCCGUGGGCACCUGCUACCUCGCCACAAAAGACUUCACCCACUAUCUGGAAUACGCACCUUGCCGCUCAGAUUUCAGCUCUGCGGCAGGUCAGGGCUACUGCCAAGGGGGCUUCAGCGCCGAGUUCACCAAGACUGGACGUGUGGUCCUGGGGGGACCAGGAAGCUAUUUCUGGCAAGGCCAGAUCCUGUCUGCGACCCAGGAGCAGAUUAUAAAAUCCUAUUACUACGAUUACCUCAUCAGCCCAGUUGAGGGGCAGCUGCAAACGCGCCAGGCCAGUUCUAUCUAUGAUGACAGCUAUCUGGGAUAUUCUGUGGCCGUGGGUGAAUUCAGUGGUGAUGAUGUAGAAGACUUUGUCGCUGGUGUACCCAAAGGGAACCUCACCUAUGGCUAUGUCACCAUCCUUAGUGGCUCAGACAUCCGAUCCCUCUAUAACUUCUCAGGGGAACAGAUGGCCUCCUACUUUGGCUACGCAGUAGCUGCCACGGAUGUCAGCGGGGAUGGGCUGGACGACCUGCUGGUGGGGGCGCCCCUGCUCAUGGAGCGGACAGCUGAUGGACGGCCUCAAGAGGUGGGCAGGGUCUACGUCUACCUGCAGCACCCGGCUGGCAUGGAGCCCACGCCCACCAUCACCCUCACCGGCAGUGAUGAGUUUGGCCGAUUUGGCAGCUCCCUGACCCCCCUGGGAGACUUGGACCAGGACGGCUACAAUGAUGUGGCCAUUGGGGCUCCCUUUGGUGGGGAGACCCAGCAGGGAGUGGUGUUUAUCUUUCCGGGUGGCCCCAGAGGACUGGGCUCUAAGCCUUCCCAGGUGCUGCUGCCCCUGUGGGCAGCCGGCCACAGCCCUGAUUUCUUUGGUUCUGCCCUACGAGGAGGCAGGGACUUGGAUGGCAACGGAUAUCCUGAUCUGAUUGUGGGGUCCUUCGGUGUGGACAAGGCUGUGGUUUACAGGGGUCGCCCAAUUGUAUCUGCCAGUGCCUCCCUCACCAUCUUCCCUGCCAUGUUCAACCCAGAGGAGCGCAGCUGCAGCCUGGAGGGGAACCCCGUGGCCUGCAUCAACCUCAGCUUCUGCCUCAAUGCUUCUGGAAAACACGUCCCCGACUCCAUCGGCUUCACCGUGGAGCUCCAGUUGGACUGGCAGAAGCAGAAGGGAGGGGUGCGGCGGGCACUGUUCCUGGCCUCCAAGCAGGCGACCCUGAUCCAACCCCUGCUCAUCCAGAACGGGGCUCGGGAGGACUGCAGAGAGAUGAAGAUCUACCUCAGGAAUGAGUCAGAGUUUCGGGACAAACUCUCCCCAAUUCACGUCGCCCUCAACUUCUCCCUGGACCCCCAAGCCCCUGUGGAUAGUCAUGGUCUCCGACCAGUCUUACAUUACCAGAGCAAGAGCCGCAUAGAGGACAAGGCCCAGAUCCUGCUGGAUUGUGGGGAAGACAACAUCUGUGUGCCAGACCUACAGCUGGAAGUGUUUGGGGAGCAGAACCGUGUGUUCCUGGGUGACAAGAACGCCCUGAACCUGACUUUCCACGCCCAGAACGUGGGUGAGGGCGGGGCCUACGAGGCAGAGCUGCGGGUCACCGCUCCUCCUGAGGCUGAGUACUCAGGACUCGUCAGAAACCCAGGGAACUUCUCCAGCCUGAGCUGUGAGUACUCUGCAGUGAACCAGAGCCGCCUCCUGGUGUGUGACCUGGGCAACCCCAUGAAGGCAGGCGCCAGUAUCUGGGGUGGCCUUCGGUUCACAGUCCCUCAUCUCCGCGACACCAAGGAAACCAUCCAGUUUGACUUCCAAAUUCUCAGCAAGAAUAUCAACAACUCGCAAAGCGACCUGGUUUCCUUCCAGCUGUCCGUGGAGGCUCAGGCACAGGUCUCCCUGAACGGUGUAUCCAAGCCUGAGAAAGUGACCUUCCCAGUGAGCGACUGGCAUCCCCCAGACCAACCCCAGGAGGAGGGCGACGUGGGCCCUGCGGUCCACCACGUGUAUGAGCUCAUCAACAUGGGCCCCAGUUCCAUCAGCCAGGGCGUGCUGGAAGUCAGAUGCCCUUACGCUCUGCAAAACCAGUCACUCCUCUAUGUGACCAGAAUCACAGGACUCAGCAACUGCACCACCAGUCACCCCCCCAACCCACAGAGCCUGAAGCUGGAUCCUGAGGUUCCCCAGAACCACCUGCUGCAAAAACGGGAAGCUCCAGGUCGAAGCACUGCCUCCUCAGGGACUCAAGUCUUGAAAUGCUCAGAACAUAACUGCUUCAAGCUGCACUGUGAGCUGGGGCCUCUGCACCGUAUGGAAAUCCGGAGUCUGCAGCUGCACUUCCGGGUCUGGGCGAAAACCUUCCUGCAGCUGGAGCACCAGUCAUUUGACCUGAAGUGUGAAGCUGUGUACCAGGCCCUCAAGAUGCCCUACCUAAUCCUGCCUCGGGAGCUUCCCCAGAAGGAACUUGAGGUGGCCACGAAUGUGCAUUGGAUCAAUGCAGAGGGCAGCCAGGGCGUCCCACUGUGGAUCAUCAUCCUGGCCAUCCUCUUUGGCCUCCUCCUCCUAGGCCUGCUCAUCUACAUCCUCUACAAGCUUGGAUUCUUCAAACGCUCCCUCCCUUAUGGCACUGCCAUGGAAAAAGCUCAGCUCAAGCCUCCAGCCACCUCUGAUGCCUGACUCCUCCUGACCCCAGACUCCUGAUCCUGAAGACCCAGUGCCCCCACCUCAGUCUGCUGACAGGGAGAGGAGCUGGGUGCUUCCUGAAGGUGCUGAGGGCUGGAGAGAAACUCCUCUCUCCAGCCCAGAGACAUACUUGAAGGGCCAGAGCUGGGAGGGUGAGGAGCUGGGGAUCCCCUCCCCCCAUGCACUGUGAAGGACCCUCGUUUACACAAGCCCUCCUCAUGGAUGGGGGAGCUCAGAUCCAGGGACAGAGGCCCCAGCCUCCCUGCAGCCUUUGCAUUUUGGGAAAAGUUUCCUGAAAACAACUUGGAACCACAACUGGGGAAGCCAAUCUCACUCAGUUCUCUGGACCUGACCUGCCACCGGGACUUCCUGUCCAGCUCCAACCUGCAAAGCUAUGUCCUCAGCCUUGCCAGAGAUUCCCCCAACCCCCUCACCAAAGAACCUGAAGCCUGGGGAGUGAGGCCUGGCAGCUCUGGACAGGUCCCACCCUGGUGGGGCAACAAGGAACACUAACUGUGGAUGCUCCAGCCUGAGCUCAGGACAGCUUCCAAACAAGGAUCAGUGCUGGCCCAGACCCAGCUCCAUGGGGAGUCAGAACUCUCAUGGGUCUGGAGAUUGAACUGGGAAAUUCAGACACAAUAGCCUGACUUGGUCCAUCCAGGACUACCUUUCAGCCAGCUCCAGACCUGGGCCUACAGGCUCCAUCCGCCCCUGAAAGGAAGGAGUCAGGAAUCGUCCUGGAGCCUGAAGGAGCCAUGAUGGCAGAUCAUGGCCUGAAUAGACAUAGACCUUCCCAGUUCCCUGGAGAAAGGGGCGCCCGCUGACCUGGGCCUGCAGGAUUUGGGUUCUGCAUGCCAGCUGCACUGAUGCUGCCCCUUCUCUCUCUGUCCAACCCUCCCCUUCACCUUGGCUCUGGACGCCCAUGACUUAUUUAAACUCUGUUGCAAGUGCAAUAAACCCGGCCCAGUGCCCCCACUGACCAGAGCUGGAACCUGUCUUGCCCCCCACUCUUUCCAAGCCCCUUCUGGAGCCAGAUGGCCUGAUGGGUAGGACAUGCCUGUUUCUUCACAACUUUUUUCUACUGGGAGCCAGGAAUAUGCCGCCACCACCCCACCCUCAGGAACUGUGGUGCUUGUGUGGGGGCUUCUCUAAGGUGAAAGAGCUGAUGGGGUGGGGGGAGAAAGGAAGGGUUGAGGGCUCUGCCCGUCAGCCCUGAUGGCCAGCUCUGGCCCCUAACACCUCAAAAGUCAGGAGUCCCUUCUCUGUGGGGUUGAGGAUAAAUAAAACAAGCAUACAAAGGGGGGAAGCUCUGGCUGGGGAGACAGCAUAAAGGUUAUGCAAAUGAC